AUCUAUCUCCAUCCCACUCAAUGAUAUCGAGAGCCACGCAUUACAAAUAUUAAACUAAGGAUAUUUGAGUCAUUUCGAUAAAAUUUAGGGCGACGAAUAAGAUAUUUUAGGGCGACGUAUAGCAAUGCCCUUCCACUUCCCCCCUCCUUCCUUCCAGCAUCCAAUUGAAUUGAACAUCAGAAAGAUACCUCCGGUUUCCAAGAACCCUAACUCGGCCAGUUGGUUUCUCCAGCCGAAGCCCGAGUGGAUGGACACUCACUCUCACCUGACUGCACCCAAUCGUUCCCGCAGUUCCCAGUCACCGUCCCCUUCCCACUCCGCCUCCGCCUCCGCCACCUCGUCUAUGCACAAGCGCAAGCUAGCCGCGGCAGCCUCGGCUGCGUCUGACGACCACGCUCCUCCUCCAUUCCCUCCCUCUUCCUUCUCCGCCGACACUCGCGACGGCGCGCUGACCUCCAACGAUGACCUCGAGAGCAUCUCGGCCCGCGGAGCCGACUCCGACUCCGACGAUUCCGACGCCGUCGUUGACGAAGACGACGACGAGUUCGACAAUGACUCCUCUAUGCGCACAUUCACUGCUGCUCGUCUGGAGACGAAUGCAGGCGCCUCGGCGGCUGGCACGGGCUCCGGUGGGGUCGGGGGAGGGAGUUCUUCCUCCGGUCGUAAUUCGAAGCUAAAAUCGGAGAAUGCGACGGUGAAGAUUGAGAAUCCGGGCGGCGGGAAGGAUGGAGGUCUCGCUGGGACGGCUGCAGGGGGUUCCGCUACUGCAGGGAGCUCGGCCGCAGGGGCUGUGGCGAAGGAGGAUUCUGUUAAGAUAUUCACCGAGAAUUUGCAGACGAGUGGUGCUUAUAGUGCUAGGGAAGAGAAUCUGAAGAAAGAGGAAGAAGCUGGCAGGCUCAAGUUCGUUUGUGUUUCAAACGAUGGAGUUGAUGAACAUAUGAUUUGGUUGAUAGGUUUGAAGAAUGUAUUUGCAAAGCAAUUGCCUAAUAUGCCCAAGGAGUACCUGGUCCGUCUUGUAAUGGACAGAACUCAUAAAUCUGUAAUGGUUAUCAGACGUAAUCUGGUUGUUGGUGGCAUCACAUACCGUCCCCAUGCCAGCCAAAAGUUUGGCGAAAUUGCUUUCUUGGCAAUCUCGUCGGAUGAACAAGUGAAAGGUUAUGGCACAAGAUUGAUGAAUCACUUAAAGCAGCAUGCACGUGAUGCUGAUGGCCUCACUCAUUUUCUGACUUAUGCUGACAACAAUGCUGUUGGUUAUUUUAUCAAGCAGGGUUUUACCAAAGAGAUCUACUUGGAAAAAGAUCGAUGGCAGGGAUAUAUCAAGGACUAUGAUGGAGGCAUCCUCAUGGAAUGUAAAAUAAAUCCUAAACUUCCAUAUACCGACUUAUCAACCAUGAUUCGUAGGCAGAGAUUGGCAAUUGAUGAGAAGAUAAGAGAGCUAUCCAAUUGCCACAUAGUUUACCCUGGGCUUGACUUUCAGAAGAAAGAAGCUGGUGUCCCGAAAAAGAUCCACAAAGUUGAGGAUAUCCCUGGCUUGAGAGAGGCUGGGUGGACUCCUGAUCAAUGGGGUCAUUCUCGGUUCAAAAAUUUAAAUCCUUCCACAGACAGCACAACUAAUAUAAAGCACUGGGCAGCCUUCAUGCGCUCCCUUCUAAAGGCAAUGCAUGAUCACGUUGAUGCUUGGCCAUUUAAAGAACCAGUCGAUGCUCAUGAUGUUCCUGAUUAUUACGAAAUCAUCAAAGAUCCAAUCGAUCUUAAGACAAUGUUGAAAAGGGUAGAGUCGGAACAAUAUUACGUAACCUUCGACAUGUUUGUCGCAGACGUGAAACGUAUGUUUGCCAAUGCACGAACAUACAACUCCCCGGACACCAUUUACUACAAGUGUGCAACCAGGCAUGAUCAAUCGCGUUGGAAUCCCAUUUCCAGAGCAAAGUUCAAUCCGGUCUCCAAUCAGGUGCCAAGAUUCAGCAGCAGUAAACAAUCUAGUGUUGUAUGUAUAUAGACUAGUAAUUAAACCCAAUGGUGCCCGAUGUUUAGCUCCACUGUGUUAAUUGGUCUUGUGUUUCAAUUGUAUGCCCAUUGGGAAUCAAUGUUCUUAAGACAGUAGUCAUUAGAUACUAUUUAACAAGCUGUCUUUAACUCCCAGACAUAGAAGCUACGAUAGUCCUUUUGCCCUUGCAAUCUAAUUUGCUCCAUUGUUUGUCUUGUCAGAAAUGACCAUUUCGGUACAACGACUCAAUAUUAGGGUUCGGAUUGCGUUGUC